AACCACCCUACUCACAUCACCUCCUUCCCUACUCCCUCAUACAAAAACCAGGUUCUUGCACACGCACUGGUUCUUACCCCUUUUACCCUCUCUCUCUCUCUCUAUAAAACAAACAACUGCAAAACCACCUCUCCUUUUCCUAACCAACAACUGAAAAAAGUAAUCAAGCACGCGCACGAAGAACUGUUGCUAAUUUCUUUCUAAAUGUCCAUUUUGUUCAAAUGAUGUCUUGACGAAAUAUAUACAAAUGGUGAACAGCGUGAGAGGGAAGCAGAAAAAGGGAGGUCGAAAAAUGGUCAAGUACAUGAGGAAAUCGAAGGUAAUUGGUGAAGUAGCGGUGAUGGAGGUGAACCACGCCCACGCCGCUGUCCAAUCCUCACUCGGUGUUCGUACAAGAGCAAAAACCCUAGCCCUUCAGAAAUCAUCGGCGGAGAUUAGCGGUGAUGAUGGGUCGUAUUUGCAGCUGAGGAGCAGACGAUUGGUGAAGCCCACACCCCCAAUUGUGCCAGAAGCUAAAAGAAAGAAACACCCUCAGCCAAAAUCAGGCAAAGGUAAAGUGGGUCCCCUAAAUUUUGAGGAGGAAAAGGAGGAGCAAAUUGAUGGGCUGGAGGGAAAAUUGGAGGCGGAGGAAAAUAAUCAGAAGGAUGAGAAAAAUGGUGGUGAUGGAGAAAUGGAGGCUUCAUUUGGAGAGAAUUUACUGGAAUUUGAUGACAAAGAAAGGUGGAUUUUUUUCUCUCUUUUCAAUUCAUUUUCUGUUUCCGUUUCGCAUGUUUAAAGAUUCAAUCUUUUGGGUGAAUUUGGGGAUUUUUCUUGGGGGGUGUUAUAUACUGGGUAUUUUUUUUUAUAAAUUUGGAGAUUUUUCUUGGUGAAUCUAAAUAUUCAUUUUAAGAUUAAAUUUUGAAGGAUGUGUUUGUUUUGCUAGUUCAUUUUCUGUUUCUGUUUUGCAUGUUUGAAGAUACAAUCAUUUUGGUGAAUUUGGGGAUUUUUCUUGGUGAAUUU